GGGGCGCCCGCCGCCGGCGGCGCUCUGGCCCACCACGCCGCGGCCGCCUGGGCCGCGUGGCGCCAGCGGCAGGGGGCCGCGAGCGGCGCCGCGGCGCUGCCCCUCGCGCAGCCUCCCCACGGGGCCUAUGCCGCUGCCUCGCCAUGGGCGGCGUGGUCGCAGGCGGCAUCGACUGGAGGAGUAUCCGCGGGUUGGCCUCUUUUCCAGGAUGACUCGAGCGCGCCUGCAACGGAGAUAUCCACUGCCGCAGACGGGGGCUGCACUGGCGGGACAGCCAACCAGGGCCCAGGCAAGGAGGAGCAGGCCAAUGAUCCAGAGGUGGCCAUGGACUCCAACGCACUCGUGGCAAGGCUGCACCGCCAGCUUUGGAAACAGGAGGAGCCGCAGCAGCAGAGCCAGCAGUCCACCGGCGAGCCCUCGCCAGAGGACGGCUACGCCAAGGACCUCGCGUCGGCGGUGCAGCUCUUCCUGGCCGGGGGCGACGAGGAUGAGGACGACGACGAGGACGAGGGCAGCCGUCCACCGGCAGCCGAGGGGUGCUCCGUGCCUGCUGGCGGCGGCAACGCCGACCGCGCCGCCGUGGCCCGCACGACCCCGCCCGCGGAGCCGCGCACCCCCGCCGCGCCCGCUUCCCCGGCGGCGACCACCGCGGCAGAGCCCGCCGCCGACGCGGCGGCUCAGCUGGGGCUCCCCGCCGCCGCCCCGUCGCCGGGCCCGCGGCCGGCGGGGCCCUCCCCGGAGGGGGUGCGGGCCUUCCUGCGGGUGCUGCGGCAGCGGCCCCUGCACCCAGACAUCACCGAGGAGAGGAAGGCGGAGCUCGAGGGCCUGGUCUUCGAGUGCGUGAGGGCCCUGUACGGCGACCGCAUCCGGCCCGCCCUGGGCACCGUGCAGCGCAGGCUCCGGGAGCUGCUGGCCGUGGCGCGCUGGGACCGAGGCCCGACGGAAGCCGCGGUGCAGGCGCUGCUGCCGAUGUGUGCUCGGGACCCCCGCUUCGCCUUGGACCCGCCCAUGCACGGCAGCCCGCCAGUGCUGCGGCUCGCGGAGGAGCCCACGUCCUUCCGGGGCUGGGUGGACGUGGAUGCUCAGGAGGACAGCUACGGGCAGGACAUGUGGGGUGCCUUCUCCGAGUACCUGCAGGACGCUGGUGGCCAGGCGCCAGUGAGCCUCCCUGGCCCGCCACACACGGCUGCGCAGCACCUGCAGCGCCGCCAGCUUCCCUUCUUUCAGGGCUUGUCUCUGAGGGAGGUGGAGCACAUAGUGCGUCUGGCCAUGGGUAAGCGCCGGCUUCUUUGCAGCGUCGGUGAUUCCCUGAGGGCGGCGCGUACGGUGCAGCCAGGCCCGCGGAAGUCGGCCGCGGCCUCGAAGAAGGAUGCCAAGAAGGGCGACAUCAAGACCACGGAGGACUUGACGCUGGUCUUGCUGGCGGUCGUGCAGAGAUUUCCGGAGGGCGUGCCGCUGAACCUCUUGAAGCAGCACAUCCGAACGUACACCCACCGCACUCUCAGCGAGAAGGAUUUCAAGUGCAACAAGCUGACCGACCUCUUCAAGCUGGCACCUCUGCGCAACAUUUUCCCGCUGGCCCAUGUCGCGCACCGCAACGAGGUCGUGAUUAAGCAGCCGAGAAUGGCGUGGAUCCCCUCCCAUUUGCCGACACGCUCGCGUUGGGGCACCGCUGUCGCCAGCGGCAUCACCAACGCCGGUGCCGAUCUGGGCUUCACGCCCUACCCAGCGCAGUGGGGCGCGAUAGGCGAGGUGCCGAUGCAGACGCCGCCAGGGCUCUUGCUUGACGUGGGCACUGGCAUGCCGCCCACUUGGGGCGUGACGCCCCCGGUCGGGAUUUUCACGGCAUCUAGUAAUGGGAUGGCGGGCUGCCCAGAUGGCGCAUGGUCGAGGCCCUGGUGA